GUUGCUGUUGUCUUUAACAAUUACAGAACGGAUUGUUGACACUUGAAUUGUUUCUAAUAAAAUUUCUGUCAACAUGCCUGCACAUGAGUAUGGAGAAGACAAAUCCAAAAUAUUGACUUUUUUGUCUGGUUUUGUAACUCAAAAUGAAGCUGGGGAAAAAUGUUUGAAAUACGGUCUUGAAUUGACUAAAAUAGCUAAUCGUGAACAAGUUGCUUUGACAGUAGAUCUGGACGAUGUUGCAGAUAUGUUUCCAGAAUUAUGUGAAUCCAUAUUGGAAAAUUCUCGAAGAUACGUCGCAUUAUUUGCAGAUGUUAUCCAUGAAAUGCUUCCAAACUAUAAGACACAUGAGGUAACAGCAAAAGAUGUACUCGAUGUCUACAUUAUGCAGCGAUUAAAAGUUGAAAAUAGAUUUCAUGAAGAAGGAGAGUAUCGUGAUCCUAAGAAUAAAUAUCCAGCAGAACUUUUGCGGCGUUUUGAAAUUUAUUUCAAAAACAAAGAUUCCCAAGAGCUUCUUUCUGUAAGAGACGUAAAAGCUGAACACAUUGGUAAAUUGGUAUCUGUAAAAGGCAUUGUUACUAGAUGUACUGAAGUAAAACCUAUGUUAGUUGUUGCAACUUAUACAUGUGACCAGUGUGGAUCUGAGACUUAUCAACCAGUAAACUCUUUAGCAUUCAUGCCGCUUUUAAUGUGUGACAGUGACGAGUGUAGAGUGAACAAAUCUGCAGGAAGACUUUAUUUGCAGAGUCGUGGCUCAAAAUUCAUCAAAUUUCAGGAAAUAAAAAUCCAAGAACAUAGUGAUCAAGUUCCAGAAGGUAACAUCCCUAGAGCAAUGACAGUCCAUGUGAAGGGAGAAUUGACCAGAUUAGUGCUGCCUGGUGAUCAUGUUAGUGUGACUGGAAUUUUCUUACCAAUUGUUCGAACAGGAUUUAGGCAAAUAGCUCAAGGUCUUUUAGCAGAUACAUUUUUAGAAGCUCAUAGAUUAACUAAAAUGAAUAAAACUGAAGAUGAUGAAUUAAAUGAGCAAAAUAUGAGUAAAGCUGAAGCUGAACAAAUUCGAAACACUUACAACUAUGAUAGAAUGUCAAGUAGCAUAGCACCAGAAAUAUUUGGCCAUCAAGAUGUUAAAAAGGCACUGUUGCUCUUAUUAGUUGGAGGUGUUGAUAGAAAUCCAAAUGGAAUGAAAAUCAGAGGUAAUAUCAACAUUUGUUUGAUGGGUGAUCCUGGAGUAGCCAAGUCACAGCUUUUAUCAUACAUUGAUAGACUUGCUCCAAGAAGUCAGUAUACAACUGGGCGUGGUUCAUCUGGUGUUGGUUUGACAGCAUCUGUAAUGAAAGAUCCAGUAACCGGAGAAAUGACAUUAGAAGGUGGAGCUUUAGUGCUGGCAGAUCAAGGAGUUUGCUGUAUUGAUGAAUUUGAUAAAAUGAUGGAUUCAGAUAGGACUGCCAUCCACGAAGUCAUGGAACAGCAGACAAUUUCUAUUGCUAAGGCUGGUAUUAUGACAACAUUAAAUGCAAGGGUAUCGAUUCUCGCUGCUGCAAAUCCUGCUUAUGGUCGAUACAAUCCAAAACGUUCAAUUGAGCAAAAUAUUCAGCUGCCUGCAGCUUUACUGUCUCGAUUUGAUUUACUUUGGCUUAUUCAAGACAAGCCAGACAAAGAAAAUGACAAGAGAUUAGCUGAUCACAUCACUCAAGUACACAUGCAUUGCCGAGAACCUCAGACGGAAUUUGAACCUAUGCCAAUGAAUUUAUUGAGAAAAUACGUAACCUACUGUCGUAGAAUCAAUCCAACUAUUCCUGAAGAUCUGACAGACUAUCUUGUGAGUGCAUAUGUGGAAAUCAGGAAAGAGGCUCGUAACAGCAAGGAUAUGACAUUCACUUCAGCUCGAAAUUUAUUAGGAGUUUUGCGCUUAGCUACUGCUUUAGCUCGUUUGAAUCUUAGAGAAGCAGUUGUUAAACAAGAUGUAGAUGAAGCCAUUCGUCUACUUGAUAUGUCUAAAACAUCGUUGACGCAACAGCGUCAACAUGGUGGCCGAGCUCAAACUGCGACCGACCAAAUUUUCGGCAUCAUCAGGGAAAUUAUGAUUGAAACUGCUUGUAGGACUGUAAAAAUGGCUGAUGCUCUAGAGCGUUGCAUUGCCAAAGGUUUUAACCCUAAUCAGUUUGAAGAAGCCAUUGAAGAAUAUGAAGAAUUAGAUAUUUGGCAAGUCAACCAAUCACGCACAAAAAUUACUUUCAUUUAAAUUUUUGAGAAAAAUUCAGUUUUUUUUUAAUAAUCAAUUUUAUGCAUAUAUUGUUAAGAUUUUUACAUACUGUUUUUAACUCCUGUAAAAUAUUUGUCAAUUUCGUCAUAGUUCAAUUUUUACAUUUUCAUCCAUAAACAAAUAAAAAUACACAUUUCAUCUUGAUUUUUCAUCUUUAUUGAUAUUUGCUUAUUUUAUGUUCAUUGUGGAAAUUGCCCUUAUUUCAUGUAAUGUAUUUCAAUGAUUAGUAAGUUUAAUUUGUAUGGAUAAACACUGAACUAGAUAAAGAAAAAAAAUAAUAAAUUUUACAAUAACAUUCAAGCUCAAAAUG